AUACCAAUAAUUCUACAUGCCAAAAAAUCGACGAGAGCCUGACUUCACCUGACUUCACCACCUCGUGACUCUUAUGUUCUAUUUUUUUUCUCCAGAUAAACCAAAAAUAUGGUGUGGGGGAGAACACGCCAGAGCUCUGGAGUUUCCUAACGGCGUGAACUUGACCUACUUUCCGGGAACUAAAGGUCAGGGAUCGGGAUUUAAGAUGCAGUUAAUUCCAGAUUACAGUUUUCCUGUUUGCAUAAGCGAUCAGAGGCCUUUAGAAGCCCGGGAUACACCAACGUUCCUGUACUCUCUGCAGGGUGGAUACGGGUAUGAAAGGGAUGAUUGUAGGUGGAAUGUGACGGCCCCAGAUGACAAGGUCGUACUUGUUCGAUCUUUUGCUACAAAGAUUUUUCCUCGGUAUGGAUCUUGGUUUCCUUUUCUUGGACGAUUUUUCGAGCCCGUUGACUUCCUGGAUCUUAACACCGACGAGAGCUCAGUAGAACUUGACGAGUCUUACUUUGAACUUGUCGGAUCUUCCACUCGAGGCUCUCUGCUGGCUGAGUACGUGGCAGCCUCUAAACGUGAUGUGGAUUGCGUCAAUUCAACGACAGUGGAGGUUGAUCUGGACGCAGAGGAAACCCUCAUACAGCUCCACAGCAGCACCUCAAGGCAGGUUUUUACGUAUACAGUAGAAACUGUCUACAACGGCCCGCUACCCAUCGUCGUGGAGAAGAGUGGCCGUCUUGGACAAGUGGUUGUCUUAAAAUUGGGCACACCUCCGCCAAAAGAAUGA